AUGUUUAAUUAGUAAUAUAGUUUGGAUUAAAGCAACUCUCAGCAUUCCUCCCAGCAAUCUUAAACAUUUUUGGCAGUUCCUCGUCUAAUCCAAUAAGAGAUUUAAGCAUAUCAAGCUGGAGUGUAGAAGCAUGUCAAUUUUGAAGAUCCUAAUCAGUUGUAGAAGAGUGAACAUAAGGAAAGUUUGGAGGAGGGCGAAAUCUUUGGUUCCCGAUUGUCAAUGGAAAAACGAGAAUUUAACAAAAUCGACGAGGUCGAGGAAAAUUAUAAAUCCUUGAAGUUAUUUCAAAUAGAAAUGCAAAACAUAAAUGGCAGAAAGUUGAUCUCCAAAAACAGCCGAAAAUUUAGUGAUUAAAGUGAUAUGGGCCUACGUAAGCAUAGCGAAUAAUUGAGAAAGGCUUCCUCCUCCUAUUUCCCCAAUCCCUCUCCAAAAUUCAAAGUCCAAGGAAGCCCACUCCUACCCAAAGGAGACUCAUUCUCUAUUCCGAAAUGGCCCAAAAGAUGGUUUUAUAUUAUCAAGUUUCUCAGCAAAAUUAUGUGCGUUUAACCGAACAUUCUUAAAUAAUCCCAUUUAAUGUUAAUAGAUGAUAAGGCUCAUAUCAUAGCGUAAAAUUGUUUAAUAUUUAACCCUUACUCACCAAAAGUGCUUUGGACUCGUUAUUUCAUGCUAAUCAUGUACAUGUCAGGAUUUUUGAUAAUUCUCUGGGAAUUCGCGUUCAAAGAAACUCAAGAAUUAUUUUUAGCUUUUUGUAAUUAAUAUCAACUUAUUGAAGUUGCUUUGUCAAUCCUUGAAAGUUUGAGUAACUAUUUCAUUGGCGUCUACAUAGAUGAGAUGUACACAGAGAACAGAUGGAGUAUAGCUCAGCAAUACCUAUAUUAGGAUAUCGUCUAUCUAAUAAGUUGUUUGCUCACAUUUUUUGCAUCUGAUUACUUUAGUAACAUUUAUACAUAGUCUUUAAUAGUUCUGUUUGUAUUAUUGAGAGUACAAAGACUCUACAUGAUCAACUCAUAAGUAACAUAUUGUUUCAUACCUAUCUUACUAAUGCACACAUCCUCAACACUAUACUCAAGACUAGCUCAAGAUUAUAAUAUUUCUAUGUACAUAUCCUCAUUUUAAUGGACCAUAUUCUAAUUGACCAAUAGUGGCAAUCCCUAUGAUAGACAAAUGGAAAUCAAUGGAGAUGCCAAAAUACCCCUGAGAGUACUUUCCAUCGUAGUCACCGUCAUAGGUUACUUAGUUACGAUUUAUCUAAUUAAACAAUUCUUAUAUUACAAGCCCCAAUAGAAAUACAAGAUCAGCGCUUAGCUUAGUUAAAAUUUAUAAAGAUAUCAAAAUCGAAACAAAUUGGAACCUAUAGAUUUAAGUGGAUUGAGACCUGAUUUACAAUAUCAAAUAAGACAAGAACUAUUUAUGCCAUUAUUGGAAAGUCUCCCAUUUACAAGAGGCUUUUUGUAAGAUUUGACUUAAAAAUUGAAAACCCAGACUUAUUCUAAUGGUACAAUAUUGCAUCAACAAUACUAAGUAAUGGAUAAAUUGUUCUUUUUGAUGAAGGGCAAUUUUGCUUAAUGCAUUGGUAAUAAAGUGCUCACCACCAAUAUAUUUCCAAUUUAAUAUUUCUAUCGCCAACUUCAAUGUCCUUUAACUCUGAGAUGUCUAAGUGAAUCUUUGGUGGCUCAUGUGGAUAUCGAUGACUUUUUAUAGUUAAUUAAGAUGCAUGGUCAAGACUUCCAAAAGUUCUGCAUGCUUAGAGAUUACUUCAAAGAAGUAUGUCCUUGUUGUGGAUAUAGGAAUCACACCUUUACGAAAUGCAAACAUGUAUUUUAUGUUCCCAAUUUCAAAGAAUUGAUUCUCAUUCAUAACACAUCUGAACCAAAUGAUAGAGUCAAUUAUUAUCGAGAUAAUGGCAGAAAUAGAAUUAAUGCCUUAUAGAACAAGAAUCUUAUAUGCAUUACUGCCAUCAGUUUUGCAAUUACAAAUAAGAUAUCUUCAGAAACUGAUUUGACUAAUGAAGUCAUGGGAAGAUUGCAAGGAAGUACUAAUAAUUUUGAAGAUUCUAUUUUGAAUGAUUUUUAAGAUGAGAAAUCAUCUCGUUAUUCUUUGUAUCAAAAACAUGGGACUGUUGAAGUUCCUAAAACUAUUAAUUCACCCUAGAAUACUUUCAGUAGUUAAACCCAUUAACAAAACAGUAUGCCUCCCAUAAAAUUGGAAGAGAAGGAAUCCUCCUAUAAUAGUAGAAAGUUUGUACAUAAACAUGUGGAUUAUUCACACACUUAAAAUUCGAUUAAAGUGAACUUAGUUAAAUCUACUAACUCUAAUGAAUUAUAGGUUAAAAGAACUCCAAAGAACAGAUAAACUAGUUCUUCAAGUUCAUUAAAUAAAAAGAUGCAAUCGACAAGUAUCAUGUAGUAACCUAAAUCAUAAACUGGUUCUAUUAUACCAUAAUAAGAAGAGAAUGAGGAUAAUUUGGAUCAAGUGUGUAGUUAUGAAUAUUAUUAUCCUUCAUAUAAUAUCGAAAAUAUUGCUAAUGCUUUAAAUCAUAAAUUAAUGAACAAAAGCAUGUCCUUUGUUAAUUGA